CUUUCAUUGUGUCGCGGAAAUAUUAUAGGUUUGGGGUACAUUUUUAGUUGAGAAGCAGAUUUGUUAAGCAUAAACAUUCAGAAUGUUUAAGAAGAUAAAGAAGAAACCAUUGAGAGAGCGGCCAGCAUCAUCUGACAGUGAAGGGGCAGUGUCAGAAGAUGAAGAAGCUGUGUCCAUUGAAGCCAAACUAGAAGAGGCCAAGGAGAUUCAGAAGCUACGCAGGAGGGCUCAUGGAAUUGAUGUGGAAACACUUGCUAAGGGAGAAAUAAAGAAGGAAACAAAGAAGCAGAAUGAUCCCUUCAAGAAGAACACCGGUGGUAUGCUGGAUUUGGCUGAGAUAAAGAAGGGCGGCGACGACACUGAUGACGCCUACGACACAGGCAUCGGCACGACGUUCUCAGCGGAAACCAACAAACGCGACGAAGACGCCGAAAUGCAAAAGUAUAUUGAGGCAGAACUUGCGAAACGUCGUGGAGUCCAGGAAAACGAGGAUGAUCAGCAGAAUAUGUACAUGACACCGGAACAAGUUGCACUCAUGGCUGUACCAGAACAUUUGAGAAAGAGCUCAAACAAGAAGUCUGAAGAGAUGCUCUCUAAUCAGAUGCUUAGCGGUAUUCCAGAAGUGGACUUGGGCAUAGAUGCCAAGCUGAAGAAUAUUGAGGCUACGGAAGCUGCCAAAAUGAAGCUAAUUGCUGACCAGCUGAAUAAGAGUGAUGGUCCAUCACACUUCGUGCCAACGAAUAUGGCUGUCAACUUCGUUCAGCAUAACAGAUUCAGCAUCAAAGAGCCGGCCAAGCCCAAGAAGCCGGAGCCCAAGCCGGAGCCCAAGCCGGUGCUGGUCGUCGGAGGCGUCAGGGAGGAGGACACGACCGAGGGCAAGCGGAAACAGGGCCAGGCUAGCGACGACUACCUCUUCAACAAGUUCAAGAAGCAGUUCAAGCGGUGACCCGCGUGAAGUGCACGUUGGGUGAAUUUUGACGUCCACACACAUUGUGGACGCCGACACUUCAUUUGCACACAUGGUGUCAUCGCGAUAAAACAGCGUAUGUUGCUGGGGAUGCAGAGCCGCAACCUGUGUGCGUUCAUUGGACUGGUGACCAUGCUUGUGAAUGAUUGUGAGUUCCGUGUCUUCAUCACAGCGCCAUGUUGGUUGAUGAUUACGUUGUGUUAUUUAAUUCCCCCAUGCGCAUAACGCCAUCGAAAUGUGCAGACAACCUCUCAGUUAGGUUUCAUGGAUGGAACGUGUGCUCGGUGUUGCGUUUGUGCAAGCCCGUUAAUGCCCUUUUUACUGCUUCUGGAAAAUACUCUGAGGCGGACUGCUUUUGGGGAACGACUAAAAAUGUGCAGGCCUUGUCCACUUCAAUAUACAAUUGGUUAAGA